AUGGCUUACAGUGCUUCUGCUGAUAUGCCUACUGAUCCUGCUCCUGAAUUGACCGCCCAGGAGCAAGAUAUCGUUGAUUGUUUGUUGGAGAGUUUCACUAAGUUGUCGGAUCCUGAGGAAAUCAUAUUCGAUAUGACAGGGAUAAGUUCUCAUUGGAAUAAAUUGGGGAAAGCCAUUAGAAACAUGAGGAGGCAAGACGAAUCUAGCAUGGAUUCCAUCGUGAAUCGUUUUGGCCUUGAUUCUACUACUAAUGCUACUACUGUGCUUCCCUCCCUGAUCAACAAGAUUUUGAAGAUGGAGCAUGAUAGCGGGAAUCCUCCCUCUUUAACUAGGGAAGCUUUGAGGAAUUAG